UGGCGCAGAGAGCACGAGCAGUGCGCUCGUGAGGGAUCUUUGACUGAUACGCACACUUAGCCAGUUUCGGCUAACUUCAUACGAGAAACUUUACAGACUCUAUGAAGUUGUUUUCAUAGCGGACACAUUCAACACUACAGGUCUGAUGCUCUGCCGCAGACAUGUUCAGCAAAAAGAAAAAGCAACGCAUCCCGAUCUCAGCCCCCUCUAACUUUGAGCAUCGCGUUCACACUGAUUUCGAUGAGCGGGAGCAGAAGUUUGUGGGCCUACCACGGCAAUGGCAAAGCCUCAUUGAGGAUACGGCUAAGAGGCCGAAACCUUUUAUUGAUGCCUCCGUCAUCACUACUGUAGAGCCACGCAAGACAAUUGUGCGGGGUCGUAAAAUCGGUGACGAUGGGUCUCUCACGUGGCUGCUGGACGAGUUUGAGACCAUGUCGGUAAUCCGCUCAAACUCUUUGAGGAGAGACAGCCCCCCCCUACAGCCUCGCAGAGACUCAGGUUCAUCAGUAGGGGGUCAUGAAAACGGAGAACACCCCCACCAGCAAUACAGGCACCCUGAACGCUACGGAGACGGCAAAGACAGGGCCAGACCACACCAGGAACAACCAGGUGUUGACCAUAGACCGGUUCCACCCCGUUCGUCCAGAGAGGACGGACGCCCUCACCAGCAGCCUCGCGGUCAGGAGCCCAUCAGACACAAAGAGCCCAACUGGUUGGGAGGGCCAGUCGCACCCCCCCAGCCAAGGGAACGAGAAAGAGAGAGAGAACCACGUGAAGAUCAUGUUGUCAGGAGAGAAGGUGCCAAUGAUAAGAGGCCCAAAUCCAGUUACAUCGGGCAACGCACCAGCCCACAGUCACCUCGUGAAAAGAGACCACUCUCAGGGCCAAACAUUCGCAUCCCUAACUUACCUGUUACGGAGGGAGUGAUAAAAACCACACAGCAAACCGGAAGACCCUUUAAUACGUACCCACGCUCUGAAAGAAGCCCCACUGGCCAGGAUUUAAAACCAGGCAACUCUCACGAGUCUCCCCACCACAACGGCCCCUCUUCUGGGGCAGUCAGAGGCGGCAUCAGUGGAGGUAAAACUGCAUCGCAGGGGCAGCACAGAGCAGAGCCCCAGCAUCACGCAUCCCACCCAGCUUUAGGACCCGAACCCCCUCACGGCCAGCAGAUGCCACCUGCACCAAAACCAUCCGGCCCGACUGUACCUUCCCAGCAGACGCACUCGCCUCAGAGGGAGCCGCAGCGGGUUUCCCACGAGCAGUUCCGUGCCGCUCUGCAGAUGGUGGUUGACCCUGGGGACCCACGCACUUAUCUGGACCACUACAUUAAGAUCGGUGAAGGUUCCACUGGCAUUGUGUGUAUCGCCACGGUGAAGACAACAGGCAAGCUGGUGGCUGUGAAGAAGAUGGACUUGAGGAAACAGCAGCGGCGAGAAUUGCUGUUUAAUGAGGUGGUGAUCAUGCGGGACUAUCACCAUGAGAACGUGGUAGAGAUGUACAACAGUUACUUGGUGGGGGAUGAACUCUGGGUUGUCAUGGAGUUCCUUGAGGGUGGCGCUUUGACCGACAUCGUCACGCAUACCAGGAUGAAUGAAGAGCAGAUUGCCGCUGUGUGUCUGUCUGUUCUGAAGGCUCUCUCGGUGCUUCACUCUCAGGGUGUCAUUCACAGAGACAUCAAGAGCGAUUCUAUUCUUCUCACUCAUGAUGGCAGGGUGAAGCUGUCAGACUUCGGCUUUUGUGCCCAGGUGUCAAAAGAGGUGCAACGCAGGAAGUCUCUUGUAGGAACGCCCUAUUGGAUGGCCCCUGAGCUUAUCUCAAGACUCCCAUAUGGCCCAGAAGUGGAUAUUUGGUCGCUUGGCAUUAUGGUGAUCGAAAUGGUGGACGGAGAGCCGCCAUACUUUAAUGAGCCUCCACUCAAGGCUAUGAAGAUGAUCCGUGACAAUCUUCCGCCUAAGCUCAAAAAUCUCCACAAGGUCUCUCCGCUUCUCAAGGGAUUCUUGGACAGGAUGCUUGUACGAGAUCCUCCCCAGAGGGCUACAGCUCAAGAGCUGUUAAAGCAUCCCUUCCUCACCAAAGCAGGCCCUCCCUCUUGCAUUGUUCCUCUCAUGAGGCAGAACCGCAUGAGAUGAGAAGAGAAACUUGGGCGGACCUCUAAGAAACCCUCUGCUAAGCUCAAAGCAAAGAUAGAGGUCUAUUCUGCACAUUUUAACAGUUAAAUGAUUGUACAGGUCAAGCGUUUUAGGAAGAGGCCAUGGACCAUGAAUGCGCUUUUGAGGAAGCAAUAUUUUUAACCACUGUUUUAUCAUCCCUUGAAAUACACCGUAUUUGGUGACUUGAAAGACACGAUUGAAAGUCCUUCACAGUGUUCUGGUUAAACAAGGGCCUGUCUAUCCUGUGCCUUUCUGAAGACAUCUCAGUGGUUUGAGCUUGACCUCUAAGACUGCGCCUUGGGCUGAACAGAGUAUGUUGAAGUAUGGAUAUUAAAAUGAAACGCUUGGAUAUUCUACUCUGACCGCAACAGAUUUUUGUGGAUUUUCCCAAACCUCAAGAUUUUCUCUGCACUUCAUCGUUGCACCAGGAACACACUACUCAAUUGGUUUUUAAACGGGAAAACAACUACUGAUGAAAGUUCUUUUUUUAAGAGAAAAUAUAGGUUCCUGUUACAACACUAAACAAUGGUUAACACUGGAGGCGUUUUGUUUCAGGCAGUUUUUAAUUUAGCGUUUUAAUGAUAUCAAAUAGUUUUCAUAUUGUGUUGCGAUGAUUUAUUUUGAGUGAAAGUCAUGAUUUCAAACGCUGCUCUGACAUUGAGCUGCAUUCCAAUAUGAUUUCCACACAGAAACUUCCUCCUUUCAUUCAUUGUUCCACUUUUUUUAAAAUAACAAAGGGGAGAGGGGUGGGUGUGGGCUAAUUUUUUUGAAGAAAAGAAUCAGAAACUUUACCACUGCGCAAGGGCACAUUAGUUGAAGAGAGAGUUGUUUCUCAUGUAGACUGUCCUACAUUGGAAUUUUGUGUUCAUAAGCCCUUCACAUAAAUCUCUAAAGUAUUGCAGCUUGUUUUUGAAGGAUUCAUUUACGAUAUGUUCUGUAAGAGUGAUGAGGUUUUACGAAAACUUCAGCUACGCAAGCAUGGCUGAGCAUUGUGUAUGCUCUAGUGUUUUAAGUUUGUUAGCCAUUGAAAUGGACAUUAUAGUUUGAUUCUACCAUGUGACAGAUGAAAGAACUGCCACAAAGCACAUACAGGCAUAAAUGUAUCUGUGUACAAACACUCACAUGAUUGGUCAUUAACACUGCUUCCUGCAUUAAGAACCCCAUGUCAGGAAGCGGGAGACCUUAAUAGUUUGCACCGAGAAAUCAACCAAAGACAGUAUGAAGUCUGAAUAUGAGAGUUUAUAAUAUAAAUUAAUUCAUACAUUUUUCUAAGCUGGCACAUUUUACAAGUACACUACAUCACACAUCACAUUAAGAUUGUGUAUAUUUUUUGCUUGGUCACUUACUUUAUUGGUGGCAAUGAUAAUAAUUUAACCAGUAAUUAUAAGAUUACUCAGAUUUGGCAUUCGUUGUAGUGAAAGCACACAAGAAUAUAGGCCAAAUCAUUCAUGUGAUCUGAAUCACUGGACGGUUAAAUUAAAAUUUGGGUCGCCUGUACAUUUGUGUAGAGAUUGAUUAACUCUAGACUGAAGCGAUAGCCUAUAUAUACUUUUUGGAGCUAUUAUCAAAACAAAGGCAAUACAAAAAUUCAAUGGCCUACAAUUAUAACACAGAAAGCAUAACUAUAAUUUUAGAUGUGGUAUCAAGGAAACAAUUAUUGACAGUUAAUAUACAAAAUAGUUUUCCCCACCAGUAUUUUGUUUUAUUAUUUUUUAAUUCCGGACUGUUACUUUUAGGAGAUUGAACAAAAACAUGACAAUCAGGCUUUGGAGCAUUAAUAGCAUUAAAGACUUUAUUAAACGAUGUAUAUAUGAAAUUUAACAUUUUCAAAUAGUGAAUUGUGUGUUUACGGUCACAUUAAUGACUAUAACUGUAGGCAUAGAUUGUGAUUUAACAAGCAGAGUGCACUGAAGCAAAAUGAUGUUGAUCUGGAGAUCAUUAUAAGAAGCAACAAAACAACAGCCUUAAUUCAACACUUCAACUGAACAUGUGCCAUUUGGGCAAUACUACAGUGACUAACCAAUACUAACUAACCUGUGACCAGCCACAUUGACCUUCAUAUUUUAAAAUGGCUUUUGACUGUUCAGAAAGAUGAGAGCUAUAACCAGAAGCCUUAUUUGUUUAAAUGUGUGAAUGAAAAAUGCUAUACUGUGAGCAAAACAGCUCAACUUGCAUGAUUUUCUCAUAAAACACAGGUGUUAAUUGAGUCCCAAAUGUAUUUUCUUUGCCAUUUUUCCUAAGUUUAAGAUGCAGUACAUUUCCAGGAAAGAGGAUGCACGUGAUUUGUUAAAUAUGAAGAUCUGCAUUCUUUUUUUUUCCACAAGAUGUAUUACAUUCCCAGAAAAGAUGUGAGCUUUGAUCUGUUGAAUAGCAAGAUAUAAUCUGCAUUUGUGUUAUGUUUUUGAAUGUUCUUCAUUUGGUGCUCGCAUACUAUUUGGUAACGUUAUCAAAUGCUCUCUGGAAGGGUACAUUGUUUUGUAAUAUGUCUUUUCUAUCUAUGGUUUCAUCUCAGAUUGCCACUGCUUUUAAAGGAUGUCCUGUAUUCUGCUGUUGUCUUUAUCGUUUAUUUUGUUAAAAACCUAAUAGGUUUCUAAUCUUGCACUGUAAACAUAAAUUUAGUUUCUUUUUUUAACUAUAAUUUACUGUUCUGUCAGCAUGUAGAUAGUUUGAAAGAACCCUUUUGUUUUAGAAGUGGAAUAGGAGUAAUCACAGAAGACUAGUUUUUAUCCAACUUAAUAUGGAUGUAAAUACCAGACGGAUGCGUUAUGUUGGAUUGAAUUGCUAAAAUAUUCUUCAGCGGUUGUUUGGAUAUAGAACUGUUUCUGACAGUCCAGCAUCUUUUUGAAAAUGUAAACUGGUUCAUACUGUUUUCUCUGGUUUUGUUGUUUGCUUUCUUAGUUUUUCUUUUUUGAGGCACAGUCAAUGUUAGUUUCCUCAUAUGUGAAUUUUUACUGGUGGUUAAAAUGGACUUCAAACAGAUUUUUCAAAUACACUUUUUAAACCCA